AUGGCGCCUCCUGCUCAUAUAGCGCAAUGGUUGAAGCGCACAUAUCCGAAGCCACAAGUUGAUCCAGAUUGGCUUGAAGGAUGCUACUCUUGGAUCGAAGAGGAACAUCACUUAGAUCCCACCACACAGAUGGAUGAGAUCAUUCACCAUGUUGACCUGCAAUUGCUUCAAUCCGACCUCACUGAUUCAAUGCUCGCGGGGACAGGCUUUCCGCCCAACAUCGCCGCACUGCCCGACACUACCAUCCGUGGUCCCGUUCUGGUCCAGAUUAUCAGUAUUGCGGAAGUCGGCCAUAGCGCCUUCACGUUGCAGAAUGUCCGGCAGGCUCGCCUAGAACGCGAAGACAUGGCGGUGACGGCUCAACCACUCUCCAAGCUAUGGAAUAUCGCCGCCUCCCAGAGCUCGUUCUCGGGGAGACGCCCAUCGGUUUUAAGGGUUACCAAACCGCAGACCUUGAAGCACUGCAAGACCGUGACUUCGCACGAAGUCUCAGGAUACGUUUGGGGUUUGUAUUUCUGCCAUUGGGGUGAAGUGAUAGCUAAGGACUCAAACUUCAGCAAGCCCGACGAUCCCGCUCAAGAAGAGCCUGAGCCUCGACGAGAAUACGCUCCAGCCCAAGCGCUCCAGCAGCAUGCGCCUGCCGCCCGCGCAAACGCCGCACCCCCGUCGACACGGCAACCGCAGGCACCGGCCGCAUCGACCCGGUCCCCCAUUCGCUCACCCCUCAAUGAGCUGUCGGAACCUCCCGCACCUCCGAUCGCAGGGCCCUCCGGCACGCACCACGACGACGACGAAGGCCAGCCUCGCCGGCGCAAGGUCCCCAGUCGUGCUCAGCGCAGUCCGUCACCUGACCCGCCUCCAAGAACUAUGCGCUCGCAAUAUUUCGUCUCAGGCUCAGACUCAGGCACAGGCUCACGAUCGCACACGCGCAACCCUUCCGCGGACAUUGCGCGUGAGCAUCUCUUUUCGCCGCAUAGACAGCCACCGGUCGUCGUCCCGGACAGCGACGAGGAGGACCUAUUUGCAGGCGCGCCAACCAACGCCGUCGGGAAGGUAGGGCCGUCACGGAAAGCGGGUGAUACGGAUAACAGCAGUCCCAGAAUGCCAAGUUCCGACUUCGACUUUGCGUUUAAUUGGGAUGACGCAUUUCAGGAGAAGGAAUUCAUUGAGCAGGUAGAGCGCCUCGAGAACGCUGAGCGCGCCAAACGCGGAGGGACGCCUCAGCCAACUGUUACAACAAGCUCGAGCGCGACUAUUGUGGAGCUCACGCAGGGCAGACCUAGUGCAGCGGUCACACAAAGAUUCACGACAUCCUCGAAUGCGCACGCAUCAUCGUCGAGUUCCGGGGAUCGUGCGCGAUCCACUACCCUAGGCAUGGGCUCAGGCCCCGCGCCGAGCGCCGAUCGGAGAACGGUCGAUAUGGGCAUCAUCGACAUCGACGAUUCAGAUGAAGACGACAAGGAGAACGCGCACGGCGAGGUCGGUCCCACCUAG